GACAUGAUAUCAUGGUGGGGUGGAGAGGGAGGAUGAAGAGACCUCGAGGAUGACGGAAGGAGGAGUUCGGAGAGGAAAGGGAGAAAAAGAAAAUAUAACCACAGUUCCCAUGAUGCAUCCAGGGAUGACUACAUUUCCCAUGUUUCCCGGGGGGGGGGCGGGGAGGGAGGAGACUGCAUGUCCGUUAAUGCUCUCUGCGGGUUGGUGGCGGAGGUUGAACCGGAAGACGCCUUUUGGGUUUGAGGGGUCGAGUGACUGCUGCUGAACAGCCGAAAGUCCAAUAUGAAACUGUAUUGCCUGUCAGGGCACCCAACCUUACCAUGCAAUGUACUCAAAUUCAAAUCAACCACCAUUAUGUUGGACUGUGGUUUGGACAUGACUUCCACCCUCAAUUUCCUUCCUUUGCCGCUUGUUCAAAGUCCCAGGCUGUCUAAUCUUCCUAGCUGGUCCCUAAAGGAUGGAAAUGCUUUCUUGGACAAGGAGCUAAAGGAGUGCUCAGGUCAUGUAUUUGUGGAUUCUGUGCCUGAAUUCUGCUUACCAGAGACCGAGCUAAUAGAUCUGUCUACGGUAGAUGUGAUCCUCAUCUCUAACUAUCAUUGCAUGAUGGCACUCCCCUACAUCACUGAGCACACUGGUUUCACAGGCACCGUAUAUGCUACAGAACCCACUCUUCAGAUCGGCAGGCUCCUCAUGGAAGAGCUGGUGAAUUUUAUUGAAAGAGUGCCAAAGGCUCAGUCUGCCUCCUUUUGGAAGAAUAAAGAUGUACAGCGGUUGCUGCCUUCUCCCCUCAAGGAUGCAGUGGAAGUGUCAACCUGGAGAAGAUGCUAUUCAAUGCAGGAAGUGAACUCGGCCCUUAGUAAAAUCCAGCUGGUGGGAUAUUCCCAGAAAAUUGAGCUUUUUGGUGCAGUGCAGGUGACUCCUCUAAGCUCUGGCUAUGCCCUUGGAAGCUCCAACUGGGUUAUCCAGUCCCAUUAUGAGAAAGUGUCUUACGUCUCUGGAUCCUCCUUGCUUACUACACACCCCCAGCCCAUGGACCAGGCUUCUCUCAAAAACAGCGAUGUCCUCAUUCUGACAGGGCUCACCCAGAUUCCAACUGCAAACCCAGAUGGCAUGGUAGGAGAGUUCUGCAGCAACCUAGCACUCACAGUCCGGAAUGGAGGUAACGUGUUGGUUCCCUGCUACCCUUCUGGAGUGAUCUAUGAUCUCCUAGAAUGCCUGUAUCAAUACAUUGACUCAGCCGGACUCUCCAAUGUCCCUUUCUACUUCAUCUCCCCUGUGGCUAACAGUUCACUUGAGUUUUCCCAGAUUUUUGCUGAAUGGCUUUGUCACAACAAACAGACUAAAGUGUAUCUCCCAGAACCUCCUUUUCCUCACGCAGAGCUCAUUCAGACCAAUAAGCUGAAGCACUACCCCAGCAUCCACGGAGACUUCAGCAACGAUUUCAGACAGCCAUGUGUGGUGUUCACUGGGCACCCUUCCCUCCGGUUUGGGGAUGUAGUCCACUUCCUGGAGCUCUGGGGAAAGUCUAGUCUCAACACUGUCAUAUUCACAGAACCUGACUUCUCCUAUCUGGAAGCACUGGCUCCCUACCAGCCCUUGGCCAUGAAAUGCAUAUACUGCCCCAUUGACACACGACUGAAUUUCAUCCAAGUGUCAAAUUUGCUUAAAGAAGUGCAGCCCCUCCACGUGGUGUGUCCUGAGCAGUAUACCCAGCCACCUCCAACCCAGUCCCACAGGAUGGACCUGAUGAUUGACUGCCAGCCCCCUGCCAUGUCCUAUCACCGGGCCGAGGUUCUUGCCCUGCCCUUCAAACGUCGGUAUGAAAAGAUUGAAAUUAUGCCUGAGCUUGCAGAUUCUCUGGUGCCCAUUGAGAUUAAGCCUGGCAUUUCCUUGGCAACCGUUUCGGCUGUGCUGCAUACUAAAGAUAACAAGCACGUUCUUCAGCCCCCUCCAAGGCCCACCCAGCCCACAAGUGGUAAGAAGAGAAAGCGGGUGAGUGAUGACAUUCCUGACUGCAAAGUUUUGAAGCCUUUGUUGAGUGGCUCCAUUCCUGUGGAGCAGUUUGUGCAGACCUUGGAGAAGCAUGGCUUCAGUGAUAUUAAGGUGGAAGACACAGCCAAGGGCCAUAUCGUCCUGCUACAGGAAGCAGAGACACUGAUCCAGAUUGAGGAAGAUUCAACUCAUAUCAUUUGUGACAGUGACGAGAUGCUCAGGGUGCGACUGCGGGACCUCGUCCUCAAAUUUUUACAGAAGUUCUAAAUGGAGUAGCUGAGCCAUUUCCACUUCCAUGAAAUCCUACAGUCUGUCACAAUGGCUGCCCAGCACAAGUCAGCUGAGGAAGGAGACAAAAAGCUGUUGGAUGUCUUUGUGAUGUCUCUGCUUAAGUAAUGAAGAAGUGGCUCUUGAGUGACAUAAUCUGAAGUAAUGACCACCAUCUCCCGGCCUGGAUUCCUAGCACUGUUUCAGGCAAGAACUUUCCAUUUAACUUGAGACUCAUUUUCUUCCCAUUUCUGGGUCUCUAGAGUAGCCAGGAUGGUCAGGCAACAAGCUGAGGAGUAGCAAAAGUGACAGAUACAGCUUUCCAAGAGUCUAAUAGUGGAAGGGAAGGUAAAAGAUGACUGACUGGUUGUCUUAUGUGUCAUGUUUGCUUUUCGUAGUUUCUCAUGCCUCCGCUGGGGGACUAGUCUUUGAUUUUGUUUUAUUUGUUUGCCUACAGUGCUGGACCUAAAAAGAAAGAUGAUCCCCAAAAAUUAGGAAAAUGAACCCAUCUAUCUGUAUUUUAUAUUGUGAGACCAUUUUGUUAAUAAAACUUAUUUUUUAUACAAGUAUCUGUACUCUGUUGAACCUACAAUGUUUACAUUGAUUUAGUAAUGAAAAUAUACAGAACAGCAUACAUGUCAAAAACACCACAGCAUUAGGUCUUAUAGCCUAGCAUUGUUUCCAGAAACGCAAAUAUAUUUUUUCUUAAACAACUGUAUGAAAAGGUGCUUAACUUACGUGAGCUAUGUCUCUGAAAAACACCGCCAUAAAUUGAUAACACCAGCCUCUAUUUUAUGAGCUAACAACUAGCUCAGGCUCCACUAGUUGAUCUUUGCUGAUCACCAACUUUCCCACAGAUCAUCAAGAUUCUCUGCCAGGAGAGCAUUUAACUCAGAUACCCCUGGACCCACUAGUAAUCAUAAGGUUUUAGAGAAAAAUAACUCCUCACAAAAAAUUACUACACUUGACAUAAUGCUGCUUCUGAAUUGUUUAAAGCAGAUAUUUACCAGAUUACAUCUAAUCUAAAAGAUAGCAUCAGUUAUAACAUAUGCCAAUAUUGCAAGUAUUAAAAUGUGAGGGGAAAAAGGUGGGUAACAAGUCUCCGUAUUAAUGAACUAUAGUAGUAGGCCCAGCUCAGCCUACUGUUCUCACCAUCUUUUUAGACUGGUUGAAAUUCAGUCUGUAGUCAACCCUUCAAAAUUCUGCUAACAGCUGAGCAUCACAAAGGGAUUUAGUGGUCCAAAAACUAUAUAAAACUACUAUGGAACUAAAGUACAACCCCUUGAGUAUAACCCACCUGAAUUUAGAGACGAUCUCAAGAAUAAUUUGACACAUUGAACACUAAUGUCCAAAGACAAGACAAGUUAUGGGAUGACAUCAUACAUGAAGAAAGCAAAACGUCAUU